GCGCAUCCUUCACUCUAAAGGAGAGCUGAGCGAGGACAGACACAAGCAGUACGAGGAGUUCGCCACCUCCUAUCAGAAGCUGCUGGCAAACACACAGACGCUGGCCGAUCUCCUGGACGAGAACAUGCCGGAGCUUCCUCAGGACAAAACCGUCCAGGAAGAGCACGGCCCGGGCAUCGAUAUCUUCACGCCGGGGAAACCGGGAGAGUAUGAUCUGGAAGGAGGGAUCUGGGAGGACGAGGACGCGCGAAACUUCUACGAGAACCUGGUGGAUCUGAAGGCGUUUGUACCCGCUAUCCUCUUCAAGGACAACGAGAAGAGCGGCCAGACCGGCAAAGAAGGACGAGAGGGAAACAGCACUGAGGAGUUGGAGAUGGAGUUGGAAGCGCUGGACAUCACCGAUGAGCCGAUCGAUCUGGACACAGCCGACGAGAAUGAAAGUGAAGAACUGGCCAAAAAGAUACUGGAUGAGCAAGAGCAGGAGGAUGAGGAGGCCAGCACCGGCUCUCAUCUCAAACUCAUCGUGGAUGCUUUCAUCCAGCAGCUCCCAAACUGCAUCAACAGAGAUCUGAUUGACAAG